AUGGCCAGUCCUCCCAAACCCGGCGAUGGAGAGCCUCCGGAGCUGACAGUGCCCGAGCGGUUUCCGCCUGAAGAAGAAGCAGGGUUACUAGAAGAGUCCAACGAGAGAAAAACCCAAGCGAACACCCUCUUUUCUGCGGCCAAGUACGAGAAUGCCAUCACCAAAUACGAAGAAGCAACUUCUGUCUGCCCACACUACCUCGACUACGAGCUUGCCGUCCUCAAGUCCAACAUCUCUGCCUGCCACCUGAAACUAGAACAAUGGACGGAGGCCGUCAAAGCUGCCACCGAAUCUGUCGAGGGUUUGGACCGUCUCCAGAAGGCUGAGGCCGACCGGGAGCGGAGCGAACAGCAGCAAAAGCAGAAAGAGGACGACGUCGAGGAGGAGAUCGUAAGCUCAGGGGCCCAGAAGAGCGCGCCCGCCUCCCGGGACGAGGACGCCGCCGAGGCUGCGAAGCAAAGACGCCACGAUGAUAUCCUGCGAAUCCGAGCCAAGGCAUUGAUGAGGCGAGCCCGAGCACGGAGCGAACUCGGCGGCUGGUCGAAUCUAGCCGGCGCCGAAGAAGACUACAAGAUACUGUCUGCUAUGACUAACCUCGGCGCCGCCGAUCGGAAGAUCGUCGAGGCGCAGUUGAGGUACCUCCCUCCGAGAACGAAGGCGGCCCAGGAGAAGGAGAUGUCUGAGAUGUGGGGGAAGCUGAAGGAUCUGGGGAAUGGGAUACUUAAACCCUUCGGACUUAGCACGGACAAUUUCCAGAUGGUCAAGGACGAGAACACUGGCGGCUACAGCAUGAACUUCUCGCAGGGCGGCCGGAGCCAAUAGCGCGAAACCGUCGCCGUCAUUCUGAACAUCACCGCGAUCCGGUGGGCCGGCGUUCAAUACGUCCCAAUUUCGGAUGGAUCUGGGUUUGGAGGCGUAGGGAUGUCGGGUCGAGGGUAGUAGGUGUGUCGGGCUCCCCGUCUCACCGCCGUAGUGAUUCUCCACAUGGGACCCAACGAGGUUGGUUGACAUCGAGGUCCGCCACCGCGCGCUGGGUUCCCAAUGGUUGCCCAACUUCACCUCUGACCUGGGCGGAAUUACUUACCUGCCGAGGGGACUCACCGUACUCGAUGACAAAUAUCGACAUAUUUAUAAGCGGGCUUAACCUUUACCCUAAGCCAGAAGGGAGGAGGGAACGAUUCCCCCGGCCCAGGCGGUGACGAUACCUCUAUCUCAUGGUCACGCUGCAUACGAAAACACGUUGGGUGAAUCACUCUCGGGAUCUUUGACCAGUGUGCGGAUGCCGAGCCAUGUUGGGGCGUACCACUGCAUGUAAUUACUACGUCGAGGGAAUCACUGCACUGGUGUGGGACCGAGGAAAUUGGCUGUGAGCUCAGUUUACGACGGUGGUCUCGUGCGGGC